UUAAAAUGUAAAAUAAAAUAUUUAAAGCAAUAAACAUUCUAAUAAUAAUGAUGAUGAUAUUGCAGUUAAAUACAAGGCAUACCUAAUACACAUACAUGUGUGUUUUAAGCUGCUUUUUAAAAAUGGCUGACUGCAGACGUUCGCUGGACGUCUUGUGGCUCGGAGGGCCGCGGUUCACAUUGAGCGAAUAUAGAUUAAACAUAACUUCUUUAUUGUUUUUGUUCUUGGAACAGGAAGUAAUCCAGCGUCUGAUGAUCUCGGACACGGUUGUGGAGCGUAUGCGGUUCCACCGAAGGCGCUAGUCCAUUUUAUAGCUGUAUAAACACAUCACAUGGCUUUAAAAUGAAUUCUGUAUUGAACAGGAAGCGGUAAAGUGCUACAGUACUGCAGUAAUAUAUUCAGGCUUUGCUGCUCGAGGAAGAAAUCUUUCCGACACAUGAACGUUAUUCUGAAUGAGCAGAUCAUGUGGUUUUUAAACGGAUACGAUUAGGAGGUGCUGUACUCUUUCUUUCUGUCUGUCUUUGAGGUGUGCGGCGGGACUGGGAUCCCAUAGGAUGCAAGAGAAAAGUAGCGCAGGUGGUAUUUAUUUUCAGGGGCACGGUGGCUUAGCGGUUACCACGUAUGCCUUGCACCCCUGGGGUUUGGGGGGGUGGGGGUUUGAAUCCUAGCUCUACCCUGUGUGCGUCUUCUCCCCAUGCUUCACGGGUUUCCUCCAGUACUCCGGUUUAAUCCCCCAGUCCAGAGACGUGCAUCGUAGGCUGAUUUGGCAUUUCCAGAUUGGGUUGGCACCCUGUCCUAGGUGUCCCCUGCCUUGUACCCUUGGGAAGUUCCUUGGGAUAGGCUCCAGGCUGCCUGUGACCCCUUGUAGGAUGAGCAGUGUGGGAAAAUUAAUGGAUGGAUAUAGUAUUUCCAAGGACAUUGUGGUAGGUUACAUUUUUUAUUUUUUUUAUUUUUUUCAUAUAUACUAUAUCAGGAUUAGGCCACACCCACUUUGGGUUCAAAUCUGAACACAGAUAUGAAUAUUUGUCAUCUUCUUGCACCGCUAAACAAAUGCACACGUGAACAAUGCAUCACACCGAUCUCAACCGGACACGAAAUGAAGGUCCACUUCGUUGCAUUACCGCGGAAAACCACCAUUUUAUCCGCGACUUAAACCUGAGCUCGGAGUUGAGGCGUUCACGCCGGUCUCGCGCUUCUGAUAUCACCAGACUUGGAGUUUUGCGCACAGGUUUCACCCAAAUAAGAGUCGUUUCAGGAUCAUAGUGAGAAUGAAGCGUCCUCGUGAGCAGUGUCUAGCUGUGAUUUUUAUUUAUUUAUUUUCCUUCUUUCCUCUCCAGCGGAGGAGGUGGAGCGGCUGGCUGCCAUGCGUUCCGAGUCGCUCGUGUCCGGCACGCACACGCCGCCGAUUCGCCGCAGGAGCAAGUUCGCCACGCUCGGCCGACUCUUCAAGCCCUGGAAGUGGAGGAAGAAGAAGAGCGAGAAGUUCAAGCAGACCUCAGCAGCUCUGGAGAGGGAGAUGUCGGUGAGACAGAGCCGGGAGGAGCUGAUCAAGCGUGGAGUGCUGAAGGAGAUCUUCGAGAAAGCUCCUAUUGAAUUCCGGGCCUCCAUGGAAGGCAGUGUUUGUCCUCAGGACCCCCCCCUGAAGUCGUCCCUGGUUCUGCCUGCUAAGAAAACGGUAAAUUUUCAAAAUGAGGUUCAGGAGAACCCUCCGAAAGCCGCGCUCUUCCACAAGCAGCCUCCCGCUCUGCCGCCGAAGCCUUUUACCCGGCAGCUGAACCACAACAUGGAGCCAUGUCAGACCCUGAAGCUGCCCUGCGUUCAGGGGAAACACUCUCCUCCACUUCCUCCUAAGAAAGUGAUGAUCUGCGUGCCGUCCGGAGGCCUGGAGCUGCCCGUCUCUUCCCCGAGCCCUCUCGCCACCUACCCCGGGAAAUGCACUCCCAUGAUGUACCACGGCAGCCUGGGGGGGCAUCACGGACACCCGCACCAGCUGCAGUACGGCAGCGUGCCCAGCCGCAUCAUCGAGGAGCUCAACAAGACGCUGGCGCUGUCCAUGCAGAGGCUCGAGAGUUCUGCAUUGCAUUCUGGGCAGUGUGGUCUUUUAGAGAGCAGGUCGGUGCCCACGGUGGUGAUCGACUGCGAGGACGAUAAAGAGAACAUGCCCAGUGAGUCGGAUUACGAGGACUUGCCCAGCAUGUAUAAGGACGACCUGGAGGAAGAGGACGAGGAGGACGACGAAGAAGAUGACGACUCGCUAUUUACAAAUACUUUAGCCCUGAAGGUGCUGAGGAAAGACUCGCUGGCUAUAAAGCUGAGUAACAGGCCGUCUAAGAGGGAGCUGGAGGAGAAGAACAUCCUGCCCAUGCAGACAGACGAGGAGAGGCUGGAGUCCAGACAGCAGAUCGGUUCCAAACUCACACGGAGACUGAGCCAAAGACCCACAGCAGAGGAGCUGGAGCAGCGAAACAUCCUGAAACCACGGAAUGAACAGGAGGAGCUGGAGGAGAAGAGGGAAAUCAAACGGAGACUCACGCGCAAGCUCAGCCAACGGCCAACGGUGGAGGAACUGCGGCAAGCCAAGAUCCUGAUCCGCUUCAGCGAUUACGUCGAGGUCGCCGACGCUCAGGACUACGACCGGCGGGCUGAUAAACCCUGGACACGCCUCACUGCGGCAGACAAGGCUGCCAUACGGAAGGAGCUCAACGAUUACAAGAGCACGGAGAUGGAGGUGCAUGAAUCCAGUCGCCAUUUAACCAGGUACGCAGACGCAGGAGGAAAUAGUUUAAAAAGUCUAAAAAAAGAGGCGGGUCUAAAACCAAGUGAUGGUCUACAAAUUAGUAAGGAACGCUGAUCACGUUCAGAAAGGGACAUCAUUUCGAUUUGAUACUAUUUCACCGUUUUAACGGACCGUAACGAGGACCAACGUUUAGCCUUUUAUUUAUUGUGUCAUUACUCUUUAAAUUUAAUUUAUAUAUUGUUUUCUUUUGUUGUUUGCUUCUUUUUUUUUCUUUUUUUUGUUCCUAAAUACAUUGCAUUCAAAAUCUGAUCUGGUGACAACAUUUAGGGUGAAAAUGAUCAAAGGGCAGUAAAAGACACAGAAGAGCCCACCGUCAUCGAGAAAUCCAGAUCGUUUAUGAAUAUGCAAAUUGCCAAAACGCCUACCAUCCGACAAGCUCCGCCCCUUUUCCUAGUUUAAUUCCGUGUGUUUGUGAAACCGAAGCGAUCCGUUUUGCUUUGAUUCAGACUCGGCAAACAGACUAAUACGGGCCGGCGCACUCGUAGAGAAGUGUAUUCGAUAUCCGAGUGUGAUUAUUUACCCGUUACGCAUGUCUGAUUUAUUCAUCUGCAGGUUUCACAGGCCGUAGACGAGCGUGGACCGGACUGGACCGGACCACAGGUGCUGGUCAGAUCGAUGGUGCACGAAAUCACACUAAAAGCCAAGUCCUUGAGAGGGAGGGGGCAAAUAUUUUAUGCCUUUUACAAAACCCAGGACGUCGCCCUAAACCUCACCAGCCUGAAAAAGGAAAAAAAAAAACAUAUACACACGUCCACGUGGUGGUAAAACGUGCGUGUUUUUGCCAUGAAGAGCCCUGGAAACGGCUUUUCAUGCAUUGACGCGUCAAAUUUUUUAUUUUUCCUUUCUUUCUUUUUGAUUCACUUUUCUUUUUUUCUUUUUUUCCUUUUUUUCUUUCUCUUUUCCAUCCACACACUCCACUCACUGUUCAUGUCUUCUCCAGGACGGUCAGAAGGUGGCGCCGGACCUGCUCCGGCUCAGACCGAACGAUUUCAUGUGCAAUAUGUGAAUACGUGUUUUGCUCAUCGUUUCUCUGGCGCCCUCUGCUGGCCAGCAUCAUUAUACACUUACACACACACGCACGCUCUCACACUGUACAGACUCUAAGGACCUCUGCAGUAAACUGUGAGCGGCGGAGCUCGGACGGCGCUUUGUGCUCUCGCCACGUGUACAUUAUGUUUAUACCGGAUUAUUGAGUAGAAUAUUUUAAACGUGUAAAAUGCAUUAUUAUACAAAUAAGGAAUGGAAAACUUUUUAUUUAAAUAAGGAAGGGCUUGCUUGGGGAGCGGUUGGAGGAUGCAGAUAUGUAUAUGAUUAUAUAUGAAAAGUGUCCCGUUUUUUUUAUUUGUUUUUUUUUUUUUUCGCUGUUUGUGCGUCAGUUUCUUUUUAAAUCAUUAUUUAUUAUAUUUUUAUUUAAUUAUAAGGCUGCCUUUUUUUUCGUUAAUUUUUUUUUCUUCCUUUUUUUUUUUUUUUUUUAAAUUUUUUCUUCUUAAAGCUCAACCCAAAUCUCAGUUCGAAGCCCAGGGAUUUUUAUUAAAUUAUUUAUUAAUGUUACUUUUUUUUUUUUGGCCAAUGGAACCACACAUCUGCUUCUAGGAUUACGGGAUCGUCGAGUCGCGUACGUGCGCCAGAUGCAGAAUAUUCUCCCACGUUUAACCUGACUUUACUUUUUAUUUCUAAAGCUGAUCAGACUGAGCAAUAUUUUUAAUGCCUGUAGAGAAAUGUCAUGAUGCACCUGUUUUAGAUAUCUGCAGUAAUCUUGUUUAAAAAAAAAGACAAAAAAAAACCCAACCCAUCGCUGUAACGUGUAGAAUGGACUAAACCACUUCUUUGAAGGCCAAUAUUCUAUGUGUUACUUUUAUUUUUUAAUCAUUUCUAUAACUUGGAGCGUUUUAUCUGGAAUUCGAAUGAUAGUACAUGAUUGAUUAUUUUUUUUUAUUUUGUUAAUUUUUUUUCCAGGAUGUUAAUCGCGGUCAUACAUAUAAACUGCAUGAACACUGACGUGAAUGCUACAUUUCCAUCACCGUCAGGUCAGGAAUAAUCCUUCUCUCAGACUCCGAAACUGUCGUCUUUUUCCCGGAUGCGAGUUUGGUAAACCGCGUAGCCGCGACGCGACGCGCGGCCGCCUCGUCACUCGUCUCCAACCGCUCCGAUUUACUCUUCAAAGGGGAAGCCGUGAAUUAUGUCCCGGUCUCAUUAGCAUAUAAUUAGCAUGCAUCACCCGACACGACGUAAUGAAUUACUGAGACUUUUUUUGUUUUUGUUUUGAGGGAUUGCGAUUAACCUGGCCACCUUCGUCACCACUGAUUUUAUCACGGGAAACAAUAAUGACCGCGCUCAUGAUUUUUCUACCAACGUUUCUAUGAAAAUUGUAUAAAACUGAAAAACAGACCGGAAAGUUCGGCACGUGUCGUUUCACACGUGUAUGAACGUGGAUCUGUAACGGAAGGUCACUGCAGGUCAAACGCAGCAAACAUUUACAGCUGCGUGCGAAAGUUUGCACUCCCACAUCCUUUUGGUUCUAACUUAAAAUGAAUCAAUCGAUCAAAUAAAAUGAAAUCCCUGCAUCUGUACUGAUGCCGAAUGAAGAACCCUCUCGGUUUCCCAAAAGAACAUUUGACUUAUUAACUUAUCUUUAAACGUUUUUACCAAAAAGAAGAAGGAAGGGGGGGGAAAAUAAGAGAUUUAAUCAUGUGGAAAGGUCGCUGUGGUGGAAAACAGCUACUGGGUUAUCAGCAGUCGUUCUGGGGAACUACUUCCUCCACCAUCUUGUUUAUUUUUUUAAGAAGUGUAGGAGAAAAGCUUCUCUCUAGCGCCUUAAAGGGUUCGUCGACUUGUCCAUCUUUAGGGGAAAUGCUUAAAAGUUCUACAGUGCCAAAAAAACAUCUUAGCAAGUGAAACUAUCUUGAAUAUAGUCAUAUUUAUCAAGUGCUUCCUAUUCGAUCACAGUAAUCCAGAUGUAUGAUUAUUAACCCCGUUUCUAGACGUUGUACGCGUUUCAGGUGUGAAACCGGUCUCUUCUUUCUGGCGGAUCCUUUUUUUUUUUUUUUUUUUCCCAAAAAUUUGCUUUGGAAGUUGUGAAAUUUCGAAGAACCACAUUGUCCGCCAGUAGAAUACGAUCAUUUUAAAGCUUGAAAUGUUAAAACAGACAGAAUAAUCGUGUAUAUAU